CUCUCUCUCUCUCUCUCUCUCUCUCUCUCUCUCUGUGAGCGGCAAAAGAAAUGGAAGAGCUGAAGACGCUGGAGCGAGCUCAGAGGACUCUACAGCUGAUGCAAUCACGAGGCGACAACAAUCCAAACGAUCCCGAUUCCGAUCGCUUCCUCGCCAAUCUGAUCCUCCUUCUGCUACAUCCAUGUGGUGAACUCAACUUGGAGAAAAAGUGUCAGCUGAUAUAUGAGAACUUGACCGAGAUUUCUGCUGUGUUUCUUGAAGAAGCAUUGCCCUGCCCCAGUGAAGAAGCCAAUUCUCAAGAUAAGUCUGGUUUUGAUUCAUUUCAAACUAAGCAUGAAGACAUGGCUAUGGUUGGUCUGACGGCAAUGCAAGAUGCAAAGUCUACAUUGGAAGAUUUUUGCAGAUCCUAUUUCAUGUUUCAUGACAUGGAUGUUAACAAGCCUCAAUCAAUAUUCAGAUAUUUACCAAUUCUUUCAUUCACAGAAAGCUAUAUAUAUCAGUUGGAUAGAUUAAAUGAGAAAAUACUGAAAUUGCCAACUGAAGAAGUUACAGAUUUAGAACGACAGCUUCAUAUGGAAGCUAAUCAAAGCUGCCCUAUUAAGUUCAUAGAGCUUUUUAAAACUGAUCCAUUCAGACCUCUAUGUCUUCUACUUGAGCAUCAUGGAAAUUUGAAUGAACGAAUAAAAGAGGAAUUCAAGCAUGGCAAAGAAUAUUGGGCUUUAGAGAGAAAGCUCUGUUGUGGGUUAACAAGCAAUAAGAAGAUUGUAGUUGAGGAUGUGAUGAGAGCAAUUCAUCUAAAGUCAUUUGAUUAUCGGGUGCUGAAUCUUCUUUUAUACCAAUUAAGAGGAGAAAAGGUCAAUGAACUGCACAUGGAAUUCCUAUCAGUUUCUGAAUUCCUUGUCGAGCUUUCUGAUGAUUUGUUUGACUAUGAGGACGAUGUGUUGGAGAAUAAUUUCAAUGUUUUGCGCAUGUUUGUCAGAAUAUAUGGAGCUUCCACAGCACCAACCAUGCUGGCAAAAUGCAUUAGUGAAGCUGAACAGAAGUAUGAUCAGGCAAUGAAAGCUUUGGAUCCCAAACUGUCAGAGAAUUACCAAAAGAGAUGUGAAGAAGCCACUAAAGAAGGGGGUAAAAUAUCUGGACCUUCUCUUGGCACAUGGGUUAUACCUCCAGUAAUUGAAGAUGAGGAUUCAUAUCGAUCUGAAUUCAGGAAUUCCAAGGGGUUGGGCUCAGGCUGACAUAUAAUCAUCAGAAGCUACACCGGAUCGGUACUGAACCAGAAAGCGUAUGAAAACGAAAAAUGAUGAAUGAAAAUAUCUAUCCAUCCAAUCUUCAAGGACAAGUCGCUGCAGUGAACGCUUGCCAGCCAGCCAAGCCAGCCUCCUUUAUUGGAUUUGUUAUUCAUCAGUCUCGUCAGUACGCUUUCUUUCUCUUCCAUUAUCAUAAUCCGAUCAUAUUAGUUCUUUAUCCAAAUGCUCUCUGUAUAUAUAUAUAUAUAUAUAUAUAGAACUUGUUCAAUUCAAUCAUAGCAUAAGCAUUUACUUAUGUAUUUAUAUUUGUGAAAAUAGAUUGUCUUGUGAUUGUGAGGCAUUUUGGUUGGAAAUUGAAAAUGGUGGAAUGGUCUUAGUCGCAUUUAAGAUUGAUGGAUCAGUCCUGAAGGACUGAAUUAUUCAUGGAUCCAUCAUUCAUCAUCAUUAUCAAGAAUAGAAAUAGAUCCCCUUCACUUGAUGCUGCACAAGGCAAGAGCUGUAAUGGUUGGUUGGCCCGGUCAAUCCGUAUAACUGCUUUUAAUGGGUCCUGAAACUGUGUUUAAAAUCCCAAUGGAUUUUAUUUACCAUCUUAUUUUUUAUUAUUAUAAGAUUUUGUAACUCUUAGUAUCUAAGAGUUUUUUUUUAUUUUUACAUCUUUUUAGCAUUUCUCUUAGUAUCUUGUUUUCAUUUCAUUUAGGGAUAUUUUCGAUGAAUAUUUCGUGAACAAGUUUCGUUUGAUUUUAUACCUAUAGAUACGGGGAACAAUUCGUAAACAAAUUUGGUAUAGGGAUAUUUUCGGUGAAGUUUGUUUUUAAAAUAAACGAAUUAAACCCGAACAUAAAAGUAUUUAAACAAAUUGAAUUUGAACACUUUUCAUAGCCAAAUUUGGACUGAGCCUUACUUUGACUCAUUUACAUCCUUAAUUUUAUCAAAUAUGUUUGCCUAAUCUUCUAUUAAUUUUCUUUACACAUAAUAAAAUCAUUCAUCACACCUUAUUUAAUGAAAAUGUGAGUAAAAUUAGACUUCAAAUUUUAUGCUAUAAAGAUUAUGCAUAUAUAAACAAAAAUAAAAUUAAUUUUGAAGAUAACUUGGCAAAUUUUAAUUGAGUGGAAAUCAAGUGCUUUUUAAUAUUAUCUCAAUUAAGUAACGGCAGAGACUUUUGUGAGUGUGACAACUCAAUGACUAGUUAACUCAAUAAAUAUUGUUACAUAUGAAAGUGAGUAACUACGUUAUUUAUUUUUGUGGAGGCUAGGGAGAGAAAAGUUAUAUUUAUCGAAUUAAUUGAUUCGAUUUGAUUUUUUUUCUUGAAUUAGUUUAAUUUAAUUUGAUUAAUUUUUCUUAAAAGUUUAAUUUUUGAUUUUCAGUUCAAUUUUUUAAUUAGAAUAAUCGAACUAAUUGAACCGAUUGAACUUUAAGACGAUGUUAUUUUGAUAUUUAUAAAACGAUAUUGUUUUCUUUAGUUUUGUGUGUUUUUUAUUGGUUAUUUUACUUUUUUUCAAUUUUUUUAGUUUAAUUUAUAUACUUUGAAUUCGAUUUUUAAAAUUUUUUAAAUUAAUCAAUUGAUUUGAUUUGAUUUUAUUCUUCAAUUUAAUUUAAUAAAUUAGUAAAUUCCAGUCGGUUCAAUGCACACCUCGAUUAAGAUGUGCAAAAGUCACAUCUUUGGGUUGAUUGAGCGCAAAUUUACUCCUCUAAAAUCUUAAAUAAAGGUAUUAUUUUAGAUAAAGUAUAAUAUUAGUUCUUAAAUUUAUUUUUAUAAUUAAUUAGUUAUUAUAUUUUAAUUUUUAUCAGCAUAGUCACUAAAUUUUGAUUGUUGUUAUGAUUCAAUUUUUCAAACUUUUUUUUGGGUUAAAUUUUGCUAGUAAAAUUAACAUGGUAUAUAUUAAUAUAAAUUUUAAAAUCACUUGAUUGUGAGUUUGUGUUAAUUUUAAUAUUAAGUAAUCUUAGAUUAUAUUAACAUGUACAUUACAUCAAUAUUUGAUAACAAAAUUUGAUGAAAUUUUUUUAAAAAAUAAUUAUAAUAAAAAUUAAAGUAUAGCGACCAUGAUGACAAAAAUUAAAAUUUACAAGAUUUAUAAUGUAAUUUAUUCAUUUUAUCAAAGUCCCUAGAUUUUGUUGUGUAUUUGC